UUCCGGAGCUGCCAUGAUUGAAGUGGUAGCAGAGCUGAGCAGAGGUCCUGUGUUUCUGGCAGGGGAGGCGCUGGAGUGUGUGGUGACCGUCACCAACCCCCUGCCCCCCACGGCCACUUCUGCAUCCAGUGAGGCUCUGGCAUGGGCCAGUGCCCAAAUCCACUGCCAGUUCCAUGCCAGUGAGAGUCGAGUAGCACUGCCUCCCCCUGACUCCAGUCAGCCAGAUGUCCAGCCUGAGAGCCAGACUGUCUUUCUACCACACCGAGGUGAGAGGGGUCAGUGUAUCCUUUCCACUCCACCAAAAAUCCUAUUCUGUGACCUGAGGCUAGACCCUGGAGAGUCGAAGUCAUACUCCUACAGCGAAGUGCUGCCUAUAGAGGGACCACCCUCCUUUCGGGGUCAGUCAGUCAAGUAUGUCUACAAACUGACCAUUGGCUGCCAGCGUGUCAACUCACCCAUCACUUUACUCAGGGUCCCUCUGAGGGUUCUUGUGCUGACUGGCCUUCAAGAUGUCCACUUUCCCCAGGAGGAGGCAGUUGCCCCAUCCAGUCCAUUCUUGGAAGAGGAUGAAUGUGGCAAGAAGGACUCAUGGCUCGCUGAGCUGGCUGGGGAGCGCCUCAUGGCUGCCACAUCCUGCCGCAGCCUCCAUCUGUACAACAUCAGUGAUGGCCGAGGAAAAGUUGGGACAUUUGGCAUAUUCAAAUCUGUAUACAGACUUGGCGAGGACGUGGUGGGGACCUUAAACUUAGGAGAAGGAACUGUAGCUUGUUUGCAGUUUUCAGUGAGCUUACAGACGGAGGAGCGUGUGCAGCCUGAGUACCAGCGGCGCCGCGGGACAGGGGGUGCCCCCUCUGUGUCUCAUGUCACUCAUGCCCGGCACCAGGAGUCCUGCCUACAUACAACCAGAACGAGCUUCUCCCUCCCCAUCCCUCUCAGUUCCACACCAGGCUUCUGCACAGCCGUUGUAUCCCUGAAGUGGCGUUUGCAUUUUGAAUUUGUAACAUCCCGAGAACCGGGUUUGGUGCUCCUACCUCCCAUGGAACAGCCCGAGCCUGUCACCUGGACAGGGCCUGAGCAAGUGCCUGUGGACACCUUCAGCUGGGACCUCCCCAUCAAGGUGCUGCCUACAAGCCCUACCCUGGCUUCAUAUGCGGCCCCAGGCCCCAGCACCAGCACCAUAACCAUCUGAAACUGGCCCAUGUGGUACUACUUUCUUCAGGAUCCUGAGAACUCAGCACCUGGACUCUAGUAGGGCCCAUUUUUUCCACCUAGGGUCCAGUGGCACAGAUAAUGAGAGGCAGGCUUUCGGCUGUAGCAUUAAUUUAUUUAUUCAGAAUAAAUCGGCAGCUUCUAGUGGUUUCCCUGGAAGUGGCAGCAGCAGUGGGCAGUCA